AUGACGUCCUUCGGUGUUCGCCACGCGUUUGAAAUUUCGAAGCUCAGCCAUGGAAUAGUCUAUGAGCGAAAUCUGCUUUCUCUCUGUAGAAGAUGGAGCAGCGUAAAGCUUGUGAGGAUGAAAUUUAAUUCAUCGGGUUUCGCGGGGUGGAGACAGAGGACAACUUUGAUUUGUGCAGUCAAGAAGGAUGCCGAAAACUCUUUUAAAAGAACCGUGGAAGUAGAUAGACUCAUAGACAUGCUAAGAGAUGCCAACGAUAAAGAACUUCAGCAGCUUGUUGCAGAGAAUAAAGAUUACGAAGAAUUGGCUACGGUAUUGAUGGUUUUGGUGGAUCGUCUUGUGCACAAGACUAAUGAAAAAAUAGAGUCGGCUACAGAUGUGCUUAAGGCAAUUUUAAAACCCGUUGUUGAUGAAGACGAAGAAAUAUCUUGGCCUCCUAGGGACCCUGAGGCUCUCAUUCUCAUGCAGAAAGAACUUCACCAAAGGGAGCAAGAAGGUCAUCUUGAUGAGAGCUUUCUUUCAGAAGUUAAUGCACAGUUGCGACAGGCAAAAGAAGAUGGUGAUAAACCAGGGUUUGAAGCUAUGCUGCAAAAGGUCCUGCAACUGUAUGCUUCUCGAGUCCUCUCCAAGCGUAGUUACGCCAAAAAAGGUGAUGAGAUAUUGAAAGCUGAGCAGUUCCUUGAGACAUUAAUACAAGCUCCCGAAACAGAAUGGAAUAGGCUACUAAUCAAUGGAUUGAACAUCGGUAAAGGCAACAUAUCCCCUGAAGAACUAUAUGCUGUCAUAAAGAAACGUAUCGAAAGGACACUGAUAAGAACAGAGGGUGGAUCUUAUCAACAGCGUGUUCUUACCGAGUACCUCAGAGGCAUCCAAUCAAGAGCUGAGGAGGUUGAGAAAGCACUCAAAGGUGGGACACAAUGAAUUUUUAUUUAGUUAUUUAUUGUUAUACGUCCAAAUGAGGGUAAAUGAGCUUCUUCUCUUGGCAAUCUGCAACUGAGCUUUUUGUAAUUAGUCUAAACUGCAGGGGUGUUUUGUAUAAUUAAUGCGUUAUUGUUGUCACUUUAGUCUUUAAGAUGCUGAGAUAUUACGAGUAUUAGUCUGAAUUGCAGGGCUGUUUCGGGUAUAUA